AUGGCACAGCCACCACCAGCGACCGCAGAAAAGAAACCAAAAUCUUUCGAAGCCCUCACACCAGCCCUAGCAGAAUGGAUCCUGGACUACACCCGUAGCAUGAAUUUCGCCCGCACCACUCCCGUCCAAGCCAUGGCCAUCCCACUCCUCAUGGGCAACAAGGAUCUCGUCGUCGAAGCCGUGACGGGAAGUGGCAAAACUUUAUCUUUCCUCGUCCCGAUCAUUUCUAGGAUCUUGGCGGUGGAGGAACCGAAUAAGAAGGGUCAUGUGAGGAGUAUUGUUGUUGCGCCGACUAAGGAGUUGGCGAGUCAGAUUUAUGAGGUUUGUGUGGGGUUGUUGAGGUAUCAUCCUCCUUCGGCAUUCGGGCUGGAUGGGGGGAAGGAUGAUGGGUUGGAUGAUGUGGAAGUGGAAGAGGGUGCAGAUGCCAUGGAGGCGAAGCCUGAACGACCGGCGGGAGCGUAUGUGGUUCCGCAGCUACUCAUUGGUGGACGGACGAAGCAGGGGGAGGAUCUGGCUACUUUCUCUUCUUUGAAUCCGAAUCUACUAAUUGGGACGCCGAAGCGACUCGUGGAGAUCCUGUCAUCGAGUCGAGUUGUGCUCAAACGGCAUUAUUUCGACCUUUUGGUUCUGGAUGAAGCGGAUAGACUUCUGGACCCGAAUUUCGCGCCGGAUCUGCAGAGGAUACUCGAAUUAGUGCCGAAGGAGAGGAGGACGGGAUUGUUCAGUGCGAGUGUAAGUGAGGCCGUCAAUGAAUUGGUGAGAGUAGGGAUGAGGUAUCCAUUCAAGAUCAGCGCGAAGGUUCGGAGUAAAAGUGGUGCGCUGGAUAAGAAGACGCCGGAGGCUUUGAGAUUGUGCUAUUUGACUUGUCCUGCCACACAGAAGUUGCCGAUGCUCAAGCGAGUAUUAUUGGAGGUGAAGGCUGAGAAAAUCAUCAUCUAUGUAUCUACCAGAGCGGGAGUGGAUUACUGGAAGGACGUUCUACCAGCGUUGCUGGGGAUGAAAGUGUUUGCCGUACAUGGCGACUACAAGGCUCCUGUGCGAGCAAAGAAUGUGGCACGCUUCCAAGAUUGCACUACGCCUGCGAUACUGGUCACAACAGAUGUCCUAGCCCGAGGCAUCGAUAUUCCAGACAUCGACUUAGUAGUACAGCUUGAUCCACCCAGCCAACCGAAGGACUUCAUCCACCGCUGUGGCCGAUCCGGAAGGGCAGGCAAACGCGGCCUAGCCAUUACUUUCCUCAACGACGGCAACGAGGCAGAUUACGUCAAAUACCUCGACCUCCAAGGCACGAAGCUAGAACCCUACAUCCUGACCACACCAAUCACGCCAGCAGAAGCCACAGAGACAAUAUCUCAAAUCCGCCAAGUCCUCACCACCAAACGAGAAAUCCACGACCGAAGCCAAAAGGCCUUUGUCAGCUGGGUCCAAGCUUAUACCAAAACCCUACCCGCCGACAUCUUCAAUGUCAAGAAUGUAGACUGGAAGGAACUCGGUCAGGCAUGGGGUCUCCUCCGCUGGCCCAAAAUGCCCGAGCUCAAGCGCCUCUUCCCCGAAGCCGUGGCCGACCGGACCCUCGGGCUCGACGUCCCGGAAGCCUUCGAUAUCAACCAUCUUGCCUACGCGGAUAAAGUCAGGGAAGAAACCCGUCAACUAGCCGUACAAGCUCGUGCACGUGGGGAGAGACCCGCACUUCCCAAGCGGCUGGCGGGGAAGGAAGCAGAAGCCAAGAUGAAGCGGGAGCGGGCGUGGAGUUCGCAGAAAGCUGCUAAGGGGUUGCGGGAGGAGAGGAGGGGGAGGAAGGAGGGGAGGAGGGUGGCGGAACGGAAGAAGGGGAUGAGUGAAGGGGAGAAGGUGGAGAGUGCGGAGUUGGAGGAUUUGAUUCGGAGGAUCAGGGAGCAGAAUGCUGAGGAGGAGUUUGAGGGGUUUGAUUGA